AUGUCCGCCAAAAAGAUCGAGCAAUAUGAGAUUGAGCGAUAUUGGGAAAUCUUCGCAUCGCUUUCGAAUGGUCAGGCCCACCUGAAUAGCUCCCAGGCUGCCUCCGUGCUGCGCAACAGUCGCCUGCGUGAUGACCAGCUCGAGAAGGUCUGGGAUAUCGCAGAUGUGGACGGUGAUGGAGAGCUUGAUUUCGAGGAAUUCUGUGUCGCAAUGCGCCUGGUAUUCGACCUCGUCAAUGGCGAACUACAAGAAGUCCCCGCCGUUCUGCCAGACUGGCUUGUGCCGGAGUCAAAAUCACACCUUGUACACGCGACACGAGCAUUGAGCGGCCGCCCCGAGCAAUUCGAACGGAUAGAGGAUGAGGAUGACAGCCUGGGCCUCAAGGAUGGCUUCGAGUGGUACAUGAAGCCGGCCGACAAGGCCAAAUACGAGGAAAUCUAUAGCGCCAAUCGCAACCCCCGUGGCCAAACUACGUUCGAAUCCCUACAACCCCUAUAUGACUCCCUCGAAGUCCCAGACACCGAUAUCCGCUCCGCAUGGAACCUCGUUAACCCCUCCGUCGCGCCCGCCAUUAACAAAGACGCCACCCUUGCCUUCUUGCACAUCCUAAACUACCGACACGAGGGGUUCCGAAUCCCACGUGCCAUCCCCGCAUCCCUCCGCGCCUCGUUUGAGAACAACCAGAUCGACUACCAGGUUGACAACGCGCCAGCCCAACGUUGGGGCACGGAAGGCAAUGUCGAGACAACAAGUGGUCGCAAGGCCAAGUUUGGAGACUCAUAUCUCAGCCGACUGGGAGUGGGCGGCAAGGGUUCAUACCAGCCGAAGGGUACGGAUUUCAGCGAAACCGUCCAGGAUGAGGAGUGGGAGAAGGUCCGGUUGCGCCGGGAGCUGGCUGAGAUUGAAUCAAAGCUUCAGUCUGCCAGUCAAUCCUCUGACAAUAGACGCGAUCAACCCCGAAACGAUGGCCGGCCCAACUGGGUUUUGAUCAAGAAGGAAGCUCUCCAGCUGCUGGAAUAUAAGGAGCGGGAGCUCCGGGAAUUGCGUGAGGGUGUUGGACGGUCGCAAGAUGGGCAACACCUAGAGCGAUCAAGGGAAGAUGUCAAGACUGUUGGGGAGCAGGUCGACGGGCUGAAAAGCCACUUGGCUCAGCGCAAAGGAGUUCUUGCCGAUCUUCGUCAGCAGGUCGAAGAAGAGAGAUCUCGUCGAUAA